CGAUUCUGUAUUAGCCACCAUCACCACGUGGUUUCAAUCUUCAUAAGGCACAAGCUUUUCUUUAUCUGAAAUCUGAAUCAUCCCUUGAUUUAUUACCAAUGGUUGCUAUUAAUAGAUUUUGUUUCCUUCCAUAAGGCAUUAAAGAUAAAGACACAGCUUGCAAUAGAUUGAAAAGGGUAGAAACGAAAGCUAUUUUUUUUUGGGAAGAAGAAUCCUGGCUAAUGUAGAACCAAGGCGAUAGAUUUCUCAGGCCUAGAAGAAAAAGAACACAUUGUCUCUCCUUUCUUGCUUCUCUUUUGGUCGCAUUGCCUCUGGUGGGUUUUUGAUUCUUCUGAAGUCUUAACAUAUAUGGAAGAUUUCCGAGAAUCUUUUUCUUCUCCUCCAUGCGGACAUAGAAGCUGUUUCAGUGUCGUCGCCGGAAAACCCCCAGAAAGCAAGGUUUUUCCGGCUCGGGAUAGAAAGACAGUUCCUCGGCUUCCUGUUUCGGUCUCUGCUCAAGACCUAGCAUCUGCAGAUAUGGAGAAGGAGGGAGAAAACGAGUUCUCUCCUAGAGGAAUCCUCGAGGACUGCUUAAGGAGCUUAGAAUCAGAAACGGGUUCUUCCAAGGCCAGCACCUCUGGCUCUGAAGCACAACCCAGGUCCACUUCUCAUUGGAAUGGGUUAUGCCGUUUAUUUAAAGUUAGAAACUUGAGGCGUUUGUACACCUUUCCUCCUGUUAGUGUUUUUUCUAUGAGAAAAGGUGGAAAUGUUGGAGAAAAACAGGGCCCAACAAUCAAUUCGCCUGAAACCGAUUUGCACCAUCUAAAGCCGUCCUGGAAGGACUUUACGUUUUCAGAACUACAAAUUGCAACUAACAAUUUCAGCUCUGAAAAUUUGAUUGGUAAAGGUGGUUAUGCUGAAGUUUAUAAGGGGUGUUUGCAAGACGGGCAGCUUGUGGCUGUUAAGAGACUGACCCGAGGAACUUCAGAAGAGAGAACGGCAGCCUUCUUAUCCGAGAUUGGAAUCAUAGUCCAUGUAGACCAUCCUAAUACUGCUAAACUGAUAGGAUACGGAGUGGAAGGAGGAAUGCACAUUGUUCUACAAUUGUCUCCACAUGGGAGCUUAGCAUCUCUACUUCAUGGUCCAAAGGAGACACUAGUCUGGAGCAUCAGGUAUAAGAUUGCUUUAGGGACAGCUGAGGGUCUCCAGUAUCUUCAUGAGAGUUGUCAAAAGAGAAUCAUCCACAGAGAUAUCAAGGCUGCUAAUAUUUUGCUUACAGAAGACUAUGAGCCUCAAAUUUGUGAUUUUGGGCUUGCAAAGUGGUUACCUGAACAAUGGACUCACCAUACCGUAUCAAAAUUUGAAGGCACAUUUGGGUAUCUUGCCCCCGAGUACUUCAUGCAUGGCAUAGUAGAUGAGAAGACAGAUGUCUUUUCUUUCGGUGUACUACUUUUAGAGCUCAUAACUGGGCGACGAGCUUUGGAUAACUCGCAGCAAAGUCUAGUCAUGUGGGCAAAGCCUUUGCUUGACAAGAAUGAUAUGAGGGAGCUUGCGGAUCCUUCUCUUGAUAAUGACUAUGACCCACAACAGAUGAGUCGUGCACUUUCAACGGCUUCUUUGUGCACCCAACAUUCUUCACUUCUACGGCCUCGAAUGAGUCAGGUAGUACAACUUCUAAGAGGGGAUGAAGGCAUUCUGGAGAGCACAAAACAAUAUCAUAGACCAUCCUUCCAAAGAACCUACUCAGACGAGUUGCAGUAUGCAGAAGAAUACAACUUAACCAGGUAUCUGAAUGAUCUAAGCCGGCAUAAGCAGAUUGCUAUGGAGUUUUAAAAGCAUAGGUAAUCCAUAUAUCCUCUUGAAACUUUUCUGGAGGUACAAUAUGAAGGUUCUCUUGGGGCUCUGGAAGUAGUAUUCUUCCCUGAAACUAUGAGGUCCUUUUGGUGCAACUUUGGAGGAGGGGUAUGCCUAUUGGAUUUAAGCCAAUGAUUUGCUCUCAAGGAAUUGAAACUCUUCUAAUUCUUGUGUUACUGAAGGCCUGAACAGUUUGUGAGUGGAAUCCUUACUCAAAAUCAAAUUCCUAGAACCAAAUGCAGCUUAAGAGUAUUGAGAAUGGGGAGGGUAGUUUAUUAACCCCAAUUCUCUCAUCCAUGCUACAUUUUGCUUUCGAUGUGUUACCAAAAUUGCUGAUGUAAAAAAGACUAGGUAGCUGAUCUUCCCAUGUAUAUUAUUUAGAAGAGAUGGUUAGUAUAGCAAUAGACAGAAAGAAAGUAAAGUAGAUUGUAUUUGAAUUUUGACUCUAAAUCUUACUUGUAUGUUUUGGAUUUGUUGGUUGACAA